AUGAAGGCGGCAAACACCUGUGGACCUGUCAAUCUCACCUCCUCUUCCUCUUUUCAAUUUCUCCCAGGUAAUGUGAGUGGCGAGCUGCUGGUGGACAUCAGUUCAGGUCCCAACCUGUACCAGGUGCUGAGUGGCUGUGAGGAAUCCAACAGAAUGAUCCUCACAGACUUGAACCGGCAGGAGUUGAGGUGUUGGCUCCAGGACGAGGGAGACUGUGACAUUGACUGGACAUCGUCUUUGCAGCGUGUCUGCAAGCUGGAGGGACACCUUGAUUAUAUAGCAACUGCUCUAGCCUCGUGUGUACACAGUUGCAAUCCAAUAGAAAGUUCUCCAGGGAGAGCUCUGCAGAGUGUCAGCCCUGACCUGGCAGCCUUCACCAGAGCCCUGGGCCACAUUCAGGAGCUCCAGCGACCCGGCAGCCACCUUCUUCUCAUCGGAGCCCUGGGAGAGAAUUACUGAUUCAGUGAUGAAGAUCCCUGUGGUCUCGCUGAAAGGCCCAGCUGUCUGAUAGUCUAAAGGAGACCAGCUUCACUGUAAUCAGACUGGUGGUCUUCACAUUACCUAUCAUACCCUGAGGUAAUGUGAAGAGUAAAGGGAUACGGAGAGGAAAUAAAUAUAACUGAGUGAAUACAGUACAUUAAGCUUACGUUGGCGAAUCAUUUUAGUAUCCAAUCUUAAAAAAAUAUUUUUGUUUUAAUUCUUUGGUAGUCCAAGUAUGUCCUGCAUACUAUCUAAAAAGUUAAAUCAUGUCUUUAAUGUCUUCACAAUAAAUCUCACUGUCUGUUCACUUAUGUCUUAAUUUCUGUAACUUCCAUGUAAUGUUGAAAUCACCAGGAAAUCAUAUUCAGUUUCUAUUUUCUUCUUUUACUUUUCAGUUCUCAAAUAAAAUAGG